UCAAACGCGUCCUCUUAAACAGACUAACGACCCUCUCAGGUUGGAGUUUGCAAGCGGGAAUUUGAGCUGAAGUUCUCGUGUCAUAGUUAACUGUUGCUGUUGUCGCCUGAGCCCAGACCACGUGACCAUGUCGCAGAGAAGGAAAGUGUCGCACGCACUGCAGUCCAGCUGCCAGACCAAGACAGCUCAGCGACCAGAGACAUUGCUGGGUGAUGAUGAUGAUGAAGAGGGAACCCAGCCCAGCUCUUCUCAGGUGCAAAGAGGUCUGGACAGGCUCACACCUGCGCAGGUGGACCUUAAGAUGUCAGAGGUGGUGCAGUUCUUUCUGGUGAAAGAUCAGAAGAAGAUGCCCAUACGCAGAGCAGACAUAGUGAAGCAUGUGUUGAAGGAGUACAGGAAUAUCUACCCUGAGAUCAUGAAGCGAGUGGAGCGCACCCUCGAACAGGUGUUUGGUCUGAAGGUGGUGGAGAUAGACAUCAAGAACCACGUCUACAUGCUAAUCAACAAACUGGAGUCUGUGGAGGGAGCCGCUUUCAGUGUGGGUCCCAGCACUCCAAAGUCAGGCCUGCUCUUCGUCAUCCUCAGCAUCGUCUUCAUGAAGGGAGGAGUUGUCAAGGAGAGCCUGGUGUGGAACACAUUGAAAAAGCUCAGAGUGGAUCCAGGCAGGGAGAAGCACGAGGAGUUUGGAGACGUAAAGAAGAUGGUGACUGACGAGUUUGUCCGCCAGAGGUACCUGGAGUAUGUGCGGGUGCCUCACACCGAGCCUGUGGAGUUUGAGUUCCACUGGGGUCAGCGUGCCGACAUUGAGGUGUCAAAAGUCAAACUGCUGGAGUUCAUGGGUCAGCUUCAUGACCAGGACCCUAAGAGCUGGAGCCAGCAAUACCGGGAAGCUACCAACCCUGCCCCCGGCACAAGCAUCCCCGCCCCCGGCACAAGCAGCCAACGGCAGAGCAGCCAGAGAUGACCUGCAUCCACCCUAUCCAAUAGGAGAGCUGCCACAAAACCAUCCAUCCAAUAGGGGAACUGAAAGAUCUGAGCCCCUCUGUUCGUCUCUCUUUAUGUCUGCCUCCCUCUGCCUCCCUGUCUGUCUGGCUCUCUGUGCCUCCCUGUCUGUCUGCCUCUCUCUACUUCUUUGUCUGUCUCUCUCUGCCUCCCUGUCUGCCUGUCUCUCUCUGCCUACUUGUGUCCCUGUGUUUGUCAGUAGGGGACAUGUUGAGGGUUGUAAGUAGGGCAUGAAACAAAAGGACGAGUCCUUUAAGUUUGUGACGUUUCAUAUUGACUCAAUGUAAGUCUGUGAGUGUCCUUUUUUCCAGUUCAACAUUAAACAGAUUUUAUAAUAAA